AUGUCGGUUUUGGACCGGUUUCGAAACCAAAAAAAACCAGAGGAUGCAGGGUAUGUGUUCAACACCGCACACCAUUUCCUGUACGGCCUGACGGUCUACAAGAAGAAGACCCGCCUCGCGAUACCGAUCGAGUUCAUCCUCCUGAUUAGUACCAUCGUCAUGAUCUCUUGCCUCCUCCAGUCCCUCAUCGACUUCUGGAAGACUAAAUGGAUCGAGCAGUUCUGCUUCUACAUCACCCUCAUCACUCCCAUCGUCUGUUCCAUAACUGUCAUCUGGCACCGGGAGCGUAUAAGGAACCUGAGCGACCAAGUUGACAGCUGGUGGAAUUAUCCGCUCCUGGAAGCAGAAACUGAGGAAUUGAAAAGAGAGGCAGCUGCUUGGAUGGACCGCUUCAACUGGUACUACUUCGCUGGUAAAGUCAACUAA